ACCUGUCAAUCAACAAGCAACCCAGACAGACAUCAGCCCCCAGUGGCUGGCUAGUAGCUGUAAGAGAGCAGAGUCAUAGUUGGCCGAGAGCCCCACCGUCUGGAAUGAAACGGGCGCAGCGAUUGGCUCGACUUUUUCACCCUAGACAACUCACUCUCUCUCCCCCUUUUGUUAUUGCAAGCAAACUGGAGAAGAGCCGAGGGAGCAGCAGGAUGAACGAAGGGAGCGAGAGAGGGCGAUAGACUGAUAACAGUCUAGACAGACAGCUCCACAGAGAGAGGGGUAAAAGGGGAAAUACAUUUGGAAUACUGCUUCAGAUCUCCCUCUACUUAUUUGUCCAGUUCUCCUGUUGAUUUGGAGAUGUCAGUGAACCCCCCCAACAGCAACGAUGCCUGCCUGAGCAUUGUGCACAGCCUCAUGUGCCACCGACAGGGCGGUGAGAAUGAGGGCUUUGCCAAGCGUGCCAUAGAGAGCCUGGUAAAGAAGCUGAAGGAGAAGAAGGAUGAGCUGGACUCGCUCAUCACCGCCAUCACAACCAACGGAGUUCACCCCAGCAAGUGUGUCACCAUCCAGAGGACGCUUGAUGGACGCCUGCAGGUAGCUGGGAGGAAAGGGUUCCCCCAUGUGAUCUACGCUAGGCUCUGGCGCUGGCCAGACCUCCACAAGAAUGAACUGAAGCACGUCAAGUUCUGCCAGUUCGCCUUUGACCUCAAGUAUGACAAUGUGUGUGUCAACCCCUACCACUACGAGCGAGUGGUAUCGCCAGGCAUUGUUGGUCUCAGCAUUCAAAAUGCAGGUGAGGAGGAAAACACUAUUUUCAGCAUCAUCAAACAUCAUCAAAAUGGUCCUCCAGGUCGGCUGAUCAAAGAGGAGUACAUCCAUGACUGUUUUGAGAUGGAACUCCCCUCCAGGAUGCCCCCCCAGCCCGAGCGCUACAACCAGCCCCUUCCCCCUCUGCAGAUGCCCCCCGAGCCGCCCCGCGCCCCAUCCUCCGUCAACCUCUACCCCAGCAUGCCCCUCUCUCCGCCAGUGAGCAGUUCCAUGAUGGGGCCCAUGUCUGGGGGCCACGGCGAGGGCCUGCUCCAGAUCGCCUCUCCCCAGAGCCAGGGCAUGCCCCAGACACCGCCACCCACCACCCCCACACAUGGACCACCCCCCCAGCCCCCUACCCCUCACAGCCAGAGUGACUACAGCAGCAGCUCCAAACACACACAGACACAGAGCUCUUAUCACACGACCUGGACAGGCACCAGCACGGCCUCCUAUACCCCUGUAGGAGCCCAGCAGAAUGGACGUGGCCACCAGCAACCACCACUGCACCACCCCAACCACUUCUGGUCUCAGCAACAUCACAGCGCACCCGCCUUUCCUCAGCCAGUCUCCAACCAUCCAGGUCCAGAGUUCUGGUGCUCCAUCUCCUACUUUGAGAUGGACAUCCAGGUUGGGGAGAUGUUCAAGGUCCUGGCUAACUGCCCCGUGGUGACAGUGGACGGAUACGUGGACCCCUCAGGGGGCGACCGCUUCUGUCUGGGCCAGCUCAGCAACGUGCACCGCACCGACGCUAGCGAGAGAGCCAGGUUGCACAUUGGGAAGGGGGUGCAGUUAGAGUGUCGUGGUGAGGGGGAUGUGUGGAUGCGUUGCCUUAGCGACCAUGCAGUGUUCGUACAGAGCUACUACCUGGACCGGGAGGCGGGGCGAGCCCCGGGAGACGCAGUUCACAAGAUCUACCCUGGGGCCUACAUGAAGGUGUUUGACCUGCGUCAGUGCCACAGGCAGAUGCAGCAGCAGGCAGCCACGGCCCAGGCUGCAGCAGCAGCACAGGCUGCAGCAGUGGCAGGCAACAUCCCAGGGCCUGGCAGUGUGGGGGGAAUCGCCCCGGCAGUCAGUCUGUCGGCGGCAGCCGGGAUAGGUGUGGACGACCUGCGGCGGCUGUGUAUCCUGCGGCUCAGCUUUGUGAAGGGCUGGGGGCCCGACUACCCCCGGCAGAGCAUCAAGCACACCCCCUGCUGGGUGGAGGUCCACCUGCACCGCGCCCUGCAGCUGCUGGAUGAGGUGCUGCACACCAUGCCUCUGGCUGACCUAGGAGGACACGGACAUGUCAACUAAGCAGUGUGUGGGUGUGUGUGAGAGAGAGGUGGCGGUGUCUCAGUUGCUUGGUUUGGAUGAUAACUGCCCUUCAUGAACACUACAGUACGUUUUGGAUUGGACACCUUUUUCCCCACCACCUGAAACAAAGACUGUAGGCUUUAAUAGAAACUUCUAUCGAAAAGGUAUUUUCAUGCUUUUAUAUAUUUUCCUUGAAUCGCCUGAUUUUCCUGAAGCAGUUUAGACUGCAAAAUGUACUUGCUCAACAGACAAUCUUUUCACAGAGACUGGAACUUGCACUAAAGGCAUCAAUGUUUUCUAGUAGUGGUAGAGACUGUAAGGGAUGGACUAUGUCACAACAAUGGAAACUGGCCUCGUACCUCCAAUGACCUGGUAACCUGCCUGGAUAAAACACUUUGGGAAUUGUUCAGAAAGUCAGAAUGAUAGCACAUGUGCUGCAGUGGAUUCUCACUUAAGCAGUGUUGGAAUUAUGCCUUGAUUACAGGGCAGCAGACUCAGACAGGUAUAUUGCAUUUGGAGAAUGCUGCUGUCCUUUAACUGCCUUCAGUAGGGUCUGUUUGUUCUUCAGGGAGAAAUUGAAAUAAUAGUCACCACAAUCUCCAUCAAAUUUUUCUCUUAUCAGUCUUUUUCAUCAACCUGCAUCAUGUGACUCAGUUAUAUUUAUACUGGACAAAAAUAUAAAUGCAACAUGUAAAGUGUUGGUCUCGUGUUUCAUGAGCUGAAUUAAAAGAUCCCAGAAAUGUUCCAUAAGCACAAAAAGUGUAUUUUUCUCAAAUGUUGUGCACACAUUUGUUUACAUUCUUGUUAAUGGGCAUUUUAGCCUUUGUCAAGAUAAUCCAACCACCUAAGGUGUGGCACAUCAAGAAGCUGAUUGAACAGCAUAAUCAUUACACAGGUGCACCUUGUGCUGGGGACAAUGAAAGGACACUCUAAAAAGUGCAGUUUUGCCACACAACACAAUGCCACAGAUGUCUCAGGUUUUGAGGGAGCAUACAAAUGUCAUGAUAACUGCAGGAAUGUCCACCAAAGCUGUUGCCAGAUAAUUCAAUGUUCAUUUCUCUACCAUAAACUUGAAUUUGGCAGUACAUCCAACCAGCCUCACAACCGCAGACCACAUGUAACCACGCCAGCCCAGGACAUCCACACCUGGCUUCUUCACCUGUGGGAUAUUCUGGGCUGGGGGGGGGGCUAUGUCCUCCCAGGCCCACCCAUGGCUGCGCCUCUGCCCAGUCAUGUGAAAUCCAUAGAUUAGGGUCUAAUGAUUUUAUUUAAAUUGACUGAUUUCCUUAUAUGAACUGUAGCUCAGCAAAACCUUUUAAAUUGUUGCAUGUUGCAUUUAUAUUUGUGUUCAGUAUAGUUACCAAAAACAAGAAAUGGAAUAUCAAGAAUCUCAUUGAUUAUAUUUAUUGAUGGAAGUUUCUACAUAGGAUUUGUAACGUUUUGUUCAUUCAGAUAAACAGACCAAAGUUGUCAGAACGAUUUUUCACUGCUAUUUUAUGGCCAAAAAACCUUUGCUGAAUGUGCUUAUCUUCGUUUUGUGUCCUGCCUUUGUUCAACCAAAGCAUGUAUUUGUGUUGAUGUAUGCCAAAAUAUGCCUUUAACUAAAGUACCGCUAGGCCUAAUUAAAGACAAGGUCAUGAAUUAAUUAAUUUGGUGCCUUCAUUUUGAACUACUGACAAAAGAUUACAAACACCACAGAAAAAACGGCCUUCAUUUGUUGGUUUUCUCAGUACAUUCCUGCUGCAAUGCACCUCUCGUCAUCCAAAGUGAUGUAUCUACUGCAACUUACGUUUGUGUUUUAGUAAAGUGAGAACACAAAUAGCCUCAUGCUGUACAUGUCGUACAGUAUGACUUCAUUGGCUGUAUUACAUUUGUCCAGUAGAACACCUAGUGAACUUUCUGGGUACUACGUGCAUUUGCAGUCCUUCCAUGUUGAUGUAGGGCCUGUGACUGGUUUACCUCACCAAAUGAUAUAUCCAGAAUAUACUAGUUUGUAAAACAAAUGUAUUGUUUUAAAUGUUUAUUUAUGUCUAAUUUGAGACACUUAUAAAACGCACAUGAGGGUCUCUGCUUCUCUUUAAGCUCCUAAUGAUAGCCAUGUGAGGGUCAACGAUGAGAACAUAGCUAUAAUAUUAAAUGAUUUGUAAUGUAUUUUUCUUGUAAAUCAUAAUAUUAGCAGCAGUCAUUGUUUUUUACAGUAUUAUUUCAGCUGUCUGUAGUCAGCUUGAUUCUGUCUCUUUGGUAGAUAUAAAUAGGAUUUAUUAUUGAGUUAGAAUUGACCAAAAUCUACUAUUUUUGCAUUCGUCUUGAACAUAGCUUUAUAAUGGUUGUUUUAGUGUUUUUUUUAAUGUAAAAUUAUGAUGUAUGUAGGUUAUAACUAUUGUAAAGUUUAGUAAGAAUUAAACAGUUUUUAUAAAAUCUG